AUGUCACCAGUGGUGUCAAUGGAACAACACUUAAAUGAUCGUGUAGAACAUGCUGAAUAUGAAGAAGAUAAUAAUCAUAAUAAUGGUGCCAAUGAAAAUACUAAUACUAAUCAAAACAAUGAUAGUAAUGGAAAUAACGAAAAUCAUGAAUAUAAUGAACAUGGUGAAGCAACAGAAGAUAUCAUAGAAAUUGUGAACAUACCAUCAAGUAUGUAGUAUAUAAGAAAAAACAAAUACAAUAGAAUAAUUGUAAGACUGAGCAUAUUUCCAAGAAAAAAAAAUAUUAAGAUUGUAAUUGAUCUAAUUUUAUUCAAUGUUUCGAAUCAAUCUUUUAUCUAAAUAUGGUAUAACGACUUAGUGAUAUUUAAAGUAAUAAAUUUAUUAUGGUCGCUUACAAAAAAAAAUAUUAUU